AUGGGAAACCUCAAUUGUUCACAAUUUUGCCAAGGUUCAGAAGGAGGGCACGAAUUAGAUUUAAAGCAAUCAAUAGCCAGAAUUUCUAUACAGAAUAGAAAAAGCAUUAAAAACCUUCAAAAUGCAGCGCCAACUCAAGAUCCUCCACCAUUCCACCAUUCUCUCCAAGAGCCUGAGCCAUCAAAUACAGCUUCAUCAGAUCUCAAAAGCUUUGUCGACGGCCUCGAGCAGCAAAGAGAAGAAGCUGCCUUAAGAAUCCAGCAAGCAUUUCGAAUAUUCUAUAACAUCCGACAAUAUCUACAGUUCAAAAAUUACCGAAAACUCAAUCACAACUACUUUUCAAGUGAUUACAUAAAGGAAACAGUAUCCCCUGCAAAUGGAUUGCUCAAACGGAAAAAGCGAAAAAUUUAUACUUAUUUGGAUGGAUCUACUUAUGAAGGUGAAUGGAAAGGAGGGUUCAGAGAUGGAUAUGGAAUAAUGGUAUGAAAUGAUGGGUCACAAUAUCAAGGAGAAUGAAGCUAUGGUUACCCAUUUGGAGAAGGAAUUUUUCAUUAUAAAAGAGAAGACGUUUAUGAAGGAGAAUGAAGAUGCCUCUAUUCGUUUGACUUGAAUAAAAAGAAUGCAGCAACAGAUGGAUAUGGUAAUUUAUAAGCAGCUUGACUAUAUAAAAAAUGCAAAGAAGCUAAAGAGGGUCCAAGAUAUUCAGAGGAGCAUUUAGAAAAACUAAGAAAGCUGGAAAAAGAUUUCGGAGACGUCAUUGAGAUUUUAGAGCAGCAUAAAGCGAACACUGAAAAUAUAUUUGAUACUCAAUUAACUGCAAAACUUAAAGAACAUACUUUUCCUGGAAAAAUAAAAUAUUAUGGAGAAAUGAAAGGGAAAAUUCGUGAAGGAAGAGGGAGAAAUAUAUGAGAAAACGGAGACCUUUAUGCAGGCUUUUGGUCAAACGAUAAACAAAAUGGGAUCGGAAGAAAUCUGUGAGUAGAUGGAUCGACUUAUAUAGGAGAGUACAAGGAUAAUUUGAAGGAAGGUGUAGGAGAGUAUUGCUGAAUAGAUGGGUCCAAAUAUACUGGACAAUGGAAAGAUAAUGUUUUUCAUGGGGUUGGAAAAUUUGUGUGGGCUGAUGGUAGGGAAUAUUAUGGGGAAUGGAGUGUUGGUAAAAGGACAGGAUUUGGAAUUUAUACAUGGGCAGAUGGAAAAAAGUAUGCGGGAGGGUGGCUUGAUGGAAAAAAACAUGGCAUUGGUUAUUCUACUGAUGAAAAUGGGAAGAUAACCAAAGCCAACUAUAGCAAUGGUAAAACGAUUAAAUAA